UAAUAAGCGAGGUAGUCAUGGUUGCGUAAACGUCCCAAAUCGCACCUCGGCGACGUAACUUAUUGAUCUGUUGUGGUUCGAGACCUCAUGCUUGCUUGAACCUGUGCGGAACUUUGCAUGCAUGCGUGGCAGCAUGUCAUAUUCAUCGUUAAAUGUCACAGACGUUCUCCAGCUACAUACUUGCUUGCAUGAGGUGUCAGGGGAAAGUGCUUUCAUGGACACUGAAGACUUGUAGCAAACUUCACAUCGGCCUAGGCGUGAACGGUGUCGUGACGGGGGGAGGCCAUUCCAUAUUCAGUAGGCCCAGGGUUACUACUUACUUUCCAAAAUGUCUCGGAUAUUCAAAUGAGGCCCUUGGUAGAUGCAGGCUGCUUCACUCCUCGCAGACAAAUCCGCCUGUCGUUGGAUGUGGCAAUAAUACUUUGACCGAAAUUCACCUGCCCGUGUUAGACUUCAUCACCAUGUUGAAGGGACCAAAGGCCAAGUUCACCGUCAGCAUCGAAGGGAACAUUGGGAGUGGAAAGUCGACGUUGUUAAACCACUUCAGCAAAUUCAGCGAUGUGCAAAUCUUACACGAGCCAGUUGAGAAGUGGAGGGACGUCAGAGGACAUAAUCUCCUGGAUUUAAUGUACAAAGAUCCAUGUCGAUGGUCGCACACGUUUCAAACUUAUGUGCAAAUGACAAUGUUAGAGUUGCAGUUGAAGCCGUGUACAGUUCCUGUGAAGCUGAUAGAGAGAUCACUGUUUAGUGGAAGGUAUUGUUUCGUGGAGAAUCUCUACCGUAGUGAGAUGAUGUCAGGACAAGAAUAUGCUGUGUACUGUGAAUGGUACAAAAUGAUUACUCAGAACUUGGAUGUUGGCCUUGAUCUCAUAGUCUACCUCCAAACAGACCCAUCUCUUCUCCAUGAAAGAAUAAAGAAACGGGCAAGAAGUGAAGAGAAGACUAUUCCCUUGCAGUAUUUGGAAGAUCUUCACAAGUUGCAUGAAGAGUGGCUCAUCGAGAAGAAACACGGUCUUUCUACACCUGUGCUGGUACUGGAUGCAAAUGACAGCCUGCCUUCAAUGUAUAAAAAAUUUGAGGAGCACACAUCUGAUAUUUUAUGCCGAAAAAUUACCAAGUCCCAAAAUGAAGAACAUAACCUCACUGGAGAAGAAAACGUAUCCCCAAGUUCUCAUGCUGUGGCUACUGCAACAAAUUGAUCAGCUUUGCAGUUUGUGAUGAAAUUUCUGCAUACAUUCUUUCAGAAUACUGCAGUUCUUCUUUGAUUUGGUUGAUAUGCGCAACUGCUUUUGACAUUGGGUAAACUAUAGUUUAAUUUUCCCCACGUUAUUUUCUUAUUUUUCUUUCAGUGCUAUUAAAGGUACUCAAGGUAAUAGAAAUUGUUUGAAAAAUUAUUUAUGAUUAGUAGUUGAAAGAAUAAUACACAAGCCAAAUAUUAUUUAGUAUAUGUUUUUUAGAUUUUUAAUUUGAAUAAUAUAGUCAAGAGUAUUACCUAUAAACUUAUAACAUUUGAUUAUUCAUUAGUAUAAUGAAAUCAAGCUGUUACCAUUGAUUUUAUAUUUUCUCUUGUAAUGUACUGCAGGUUUUAGUAGAUUAUGAUUCUAUUCAUCAUAUAAUGGUCAAGGAAGAAAUGUGAUGCUAAGAUUGUAUUUUCUGCCCUUUUCCUUUGUCACUGUAGUUAUGUACAGUAUCUACAUCUACACUGAACUGAAAUAGCUAUAGAGUACAAGUAAACUCAAGACAUUGAAUUCUUAGGAUUACUGACUAUUUUCAGCUACUGACCAAGUGGAUGUAGUUUCUUCAUUACAUGAUCUCAGAGACUAUUUUUACAAGUAUUUAAUGUAUUAUAUUUUAAGAUUUUUAUAUUAAAUAACUGCUAAUAAAGGGUAAAUGUAUUUUUCAUCCAGCAAUAGUAAAGUAAGUAAUGUAUUAAAUGAUUUCAGGCAAUUGAAUAACCAUGAUAUUUUGCCCAAAGUAUGGUUUAAGGUCUGUCCACACUAUCAGACAUGCUCAUCGGCACUUCCAGCUGUUUAUAUUUUCUGUCGCUUCUGAAGCAGUGUUACCAAACAAUUGCAUCGUUCUGGCUCCAUACUUGGUUGAUCAGUAUGGUGGAAUGGAUUAUGGGAACAGUGUUUCCCUGUCGGGCAGUGCCUGCUAGUGUGGACAGGGCCCAGCGAUAGCAGCAUGUUCAGUGAAGUCUGCAUUCAACAACAGACAGCUAAAAAUGAAGUAGCUGGUAACUAAAGGAGAAAUGAGUAGGCAGAAUUAGAUAUGUUAUAGCAAAACUCAAGAGAAAGUGUUAAGAAUAUGCAGCUACACAGCUUAAAACUUCAACAGACCUGUUAUGGAAAUUGCAGAACUGACCUUUUAUGGAAACUGCAAACUAAUAC